ACUGACUCGUAAGCGAUGACGACGUGCUCGCAUCUCACUCGACUACCAUUACCACUCUCCUUCUCCCCUUGUGCCACCUCCACCUUCAAGCCUGCUGCUGCCGCUACCCGCCUCCACUGCCGCUGCUCCACCGCAGACACGCCGGAGAUGGUGAAGGCCAUCAGGGUCCACGAGCUCGGCGGCCCCGAGGCGAUGCGGUGGGAGGAGGUGGAGGUGGGGGAGCCCAAGGACGGCGAGAUCCGGGUCAAGAACACCGCCAUCGGCGUCAACUUCAUCGACGUCUACUUCCGCAAGGGGGUCUACCCCGCGCCACUCCCAUUCACACCAGGUAUGGAAGCUGUUGGCGUGGUGACCGCAGUAGGGCCUGGCCUCACCGGCAGGAAAGUCGGGGAUGUUGUCGCGUACGCAGGCAAGCCUAUGGGUUCUUAUGCCGAAGAGCAGAUUCUUCCAGCCAAUGUGGCUGUUCCUGUUCCGUCUUCGAUAGACCAUAAGACGGCGGCUGCUAUCAUGCUCAAGGGGAUGACUGUACAUGUUUUGGUGCGCCGUGUGUUCAAGGUCGAAGCUGGUCAUACUGUUCUGGUCCACGCUGCUGCUGGUGGAGUCGGUUCACUCCUUUGUCAGUGGGCGAAUGCCCUUGGCGCCACUGUCAUCGGAACCGUCUCAAAUGAAGAGAAAGCUGCGCAUGCGACCCAAGAUGGGUGUCGCCAUGUGAUCAUGUACACCAAGGAAGAUGUCGCGACGAGAGUCAAGGAGAUUACGGAGGGAAAAGGUGUCAAUGUGGUCUAUGAUUCCGUCGGAAAGGACACGUACAAGGCCUCUCUGCAAUCCCUGGCGCCCCACGGCUACUUGGUGUCAUUCGGGCAGUCCUCGGGCUCGCCCGACCCUAUCUCGAUGGGGGAUCUGGCUCCCAAGUCUCUGUUCCUAACGAGGCCUAGCAUGCUGCACUACACAGGCACUCGCGACGAGCUGCUCCAGUCGGCUGGUGAGGUGUUUGCCAACGUGGCCAGUGGAGUGCUGCGCAUCCGCGUGAACCACACCUACCCACUGCAGGAAGCGGCCCGUGCCCACGCCGACCUCGAGGCCCGGAAGACCUCCGGGUCCAUAUUGCUCAUCCCGGACAACUAGACACACACCCUUUUCACUGUUCAGUGAGGUAGUGUCUGAAUAAAUAGGGGAUGGGGAUGAUAUGUUUGUCUGAAUUUGUUAUGUUUGCAUUUGAACACUGAAUCCUCCUCUGUGUGGCUCACCCGUUCAUAUUGAAUUUAGAGGAUGUGUGUAUGGCA